CAGGGGAGCACACACAGGAUCUUUAACCCAGGGGCCUUCACAACGAGGAGUUAUUCAGGGCCUGAGUUUGGGAUUAUACAGUGAGAAGAUACACCUGUAGAGGACUGGGAGCUUGUCUCAGGUGGAGGCGAAAAGAUGGCGGCCAACGCAGAGGCGGCCAAGCCGGUCAUCAUGAAUGAAGAGGAGCUGAAGAGGAAGCAGAGGGAGAAGCUGAAGAAGCUGCAGGCCACAGGGGGAAACCCUCGACCAGCCAGGUCCCUCUUCCUCUUCAACCUCAAAAAUCCUUUCCGCAAGGCCUGCAUCAACAUUGUGGAGUGGAAAACCUUUGAGAUCAUCAUUUUAUUAACCAUCUUUGCAAACUGUGUGGCCCUGGCUGUGUUCCUGCCCAUGCCUGAAGAAGACAGUAAUCAAACAAACACAAACUUGGAGAGUUUGGAGUACAUCUUCCUCAUCAUAUUCACGUUAGAGUGCUUUCUGAAGAUAGUGGCUUAUGGGCUCGUGUUCCAUGAAGGCGCCUAUUUACGGAACUGUUGGAACAUAUUGGACUUUGUCAUCGUCUUCAUGGGUCUCUUUACUUUUGCCUUGGACACCAUCAACAAGAUAGCAGGUGUGCCGAUGGAAAAGGGUGGAGGGUUUGACAUGAAGGCACUGAGAGCUUUCAGAGUGCUGCGGCCCUUGCGUCUUGUCUCUGGAGUUCCAAGCCUGCAGGUGGUGAUGAACUCCAUCCUCAAAGCCAUGCUACCUCUGCUGCACAUCGCCCUGCUGGUUUUCUUACUUGUCACCAUCUAUGCCAUCAUGGGACUGGAGCUCUUCAAGUGCAAAAUGCACAAGACCUGCUAUUAUAGCAACACAAAUAUCUACGCCACUGCAGAACUUGAGCUGCCUGCACCCUGCGCCCAGGCUGGUAACGGGCGCCGCUGCAGCAUCAAUGGCUCAGAGUGUCGGCCGGGAUGGGAAGGUCCUAACAACGGCAUCACCCACUUUGAUAACAUUGGCUUUGCCAUGCUGACUGUGUACCAGUGUAUCACCAUGGAGGGAUGGACCAAAGUGCUCUACUGGGUGAAUGAUGCCAUAGGAAACGAAUGGCCCUGGGUCUACUUUGUUCCCCUCAUUUUGGUGGGUUCCUUCUUUGUGCUCAAUCUGGUACUGGGUGUGCUCAGUGGAGAGUUUACCAAAGAGCGAGAGAAGGCGAGGUCACGAGGAGAGUAUCAGAAGUUGCGAGAGCGUCAGCAGCUGGAUGAAGACCUGCAUGGCUACAUGGAAUGGAUCACUUACUCUGAAGUCCUAGAUGCAGACAGAGAGGGCAAAGGACUCCUGCCGUUAACCAGUGGUGAUUCUGACACUGACAGCCUGUAUGACAUGGAAGGCAAGAGUCGAAUCGUCUACUAUUACCGCCUGGCCCGUCGCUGGAACCGUUUCUUCAGGAUGAAGUGCCUGGUGUAUGUGAAAACAAAGAGCUUUUAUUGGUUGGUGAUGUUCCUCGUCCUUCUUAACAUGACCAUUGCAACAGAGUUCCACCACCAGCCUGAGUCGCUCACUUCCCUACAAGACGUGGCGAGUCGUUUGCUGCUGGUCCUGUUUGUCGUAGAGAUGUUCGUGAAGAUGUACGCUCUUGGCCCUAGAGCAUAUUUCAUGUCCCUGUUUAACCGCUUUGACUUCUUUGUGGUGCUCUGCGGUAUCCUGGAGAUGAUCAUGUUUUCUGCAGGAGCUGUAGCACCCCUGGGUUUCUCUGUACUCAGGUGUAUCAGACUGCUGAGGAUCCUUAAAGUCACAAAGUACUGGACUUCUCUGAGUAAUUUCGUGGCCUCUCUCCUUAAUUCUGUACGCUCCAUCGCCUCCCUGCUCCUUCUUCUCUUCCUCUUCAUCGUCAUCUUCUCACUCCUGGGCAUGCAGGUGUUUGGGGGGAAAUUUAACUUCAGCGACAACAGACCCAGGCGCAGUAACUUCGACAACUUCCCUCAGGCCCUAAUCAGCGUGUUUCAGGUCCUCACAGGAGAAGACUGGACCAGCAUCAUGUAUAAUGGUAUUAUGGCCUAUGGAGGGCCAGUGUUUCCAGGCAUCCUGGUUGCCAUCUACUUUAUCAUCCUGUUUGUUUGUGGAAACUAUAUCCUUCUCAAUGUCUUCUUGGCCAUCGCCGUGGACAACCUGGCAGAAGCUGAAAGUCUAACUUCAGCUCAGAAAGAAAAGGCAGAGGAGAAAAUGAAGAGAAAAAUACUGAGGUCCAAAAUGCCUGAAAAGACUGACGAGGAACGAGAGAGGCUAGCUAAGAAACUGGCAGAGCAGAGAGCCAAAAUGGAGGGCAUGCCCACCACAGCCAAGCUCAAAAUUGAUGAGUUUGAAUCCAAUGUUAAUGAGGUGAAGGAUCCAUUCCCACCUGAUGACUUCCCAGGUGAUGAUGAAGAGGAAGAGCCUGAAAUACCCCUCAGCCCUCGGCCCCGACCAAUGGCCGACCUGCAGCUAAAGGAGGAAGCUGUUCCAUUGCCUGAAGCCAGCUCCUUCUUCAUUUUUGGCCCUCAGAACAAGUUCCGUAAACUGUGCUACAAGAUCAUCAACGCCUCCUCCUUCACCAACUUAAUCCUGCUGUUCAUUCUGCUCUCCUCCAUUUCCCUGGCAGCUGAGGACCCCAUAGACCCCAAGUCCUACAGAAACCAGAUCUUGGCCUAUGCUGACAUUGUCUUCACAACUGUCUUCACCAUUGAGAUUGUGCUAAAGAUGACAGUGUAUGGAGCCUUCAUGCACGAGGGCUCCUUCUGCCGGAACUCCUUCAACAUCCUGGAUCUGAUAGUGGUUACAGUGUCACUGCUUUCUAUGGGGAUGGAGUCCAGUGCGAUCUCUGUGGUGAAGAUUCUCAGGGUGCUGAGGGUGCUGAGGCCUCUCAGGGCCAUCAACAGAGCAAAGGGGUUAAAGCAUGUGGUCCAGUGCGUGUUUGUGGCCAUCAAAACCAUCGGUAACAUCGUCCUGGUCACCAUGCUGCUCAACUUCAUGUUUGCCUGUAUAGGAGUGCAACUCUUCAAGGGGAAAUUCUACAGCUGCACAGACACGUCCAAAAUGACUGCAGAGGAAUGCCAGGGAAUGUUCUGGAAGCACAUGGAUAAUUCCCUUCAAGAUACUGUGUUGGCUAAGAGAGAGUGGAUCAACAGUGACUUCAACUUUGACAACGUGCUGUACGGCAUGCUGGCUCUCUUCACUGUUUCCACUUUUGAGGGCUGGCCAAAACUGUUAUACAGAGCCAUUGAUUCAGACCAAGAGGACAUGGGUCCUGUCUUUAACAACCGUGUGGAUGUAUCUAUCUUCUUCAUCAUCUACAUCAUCCUCAUCGCCUUCUUUAUGAUGAACAUCUUUGUUGGCUUCGUCAUUGUCACUUUCCAGCAGCAGGGUGAGCAGGAGUAUAAGAACUGUGAGCUGGACAAGAACCAGCGUCAGUGUGUGCAGUAUGCCCUGAAGGCUCGUCCUCUAAGGUGUUACAUCCCCAAAAACCCCUACCAGUACAGAGUCUGGUACAUCGUCACCUCCUGCUACUUUGAGUACCUCAUGUUCUUCCUGAUUAUGCUCAACACGCUGUGUCUGGGCAUGCAGCAUUGCAACCAGUCGGACCAUGUGACCAAGCUGUCAGACAUGCUGAACUUGAUCUUUACCGUCCUCUUCACUGUAGAGAUGAUACUGAAGCUGAUGGCCUUCAAAGCCAGGGGCUACUUUGGGGACCCCUGGAACGUCUUUGACUUCAUUAUCGUCAUAGGCAGCGUUGUUGAUGUCAUCCUGAGUGAAGUCGAUACUGCCCUGGCCUCCAGUGGAGGACUGUACUGUCUCCAUGGCUGUGCUGAGACAAACCCCAUGCAAGCAAUAGCAGCCUCUGAAAAUGCCUCCGUUUCCAUCACCUUCUUCCGACUCUUCCGUGUAAUGCGUCUUGUCAAGCUGCUGAACCGUUCGGAGGGCAUCCGUAACCUUCUGUGGACCUUCAUUAAGUCCUUCCAGGCUCUCCCUCAUGUGGCGUUGCUCAUUGUGAUGCUGUUCUUCAUCUACGCGUCAUUGGGCCAUCAGAUCUUUGGAAAGAUUGCCUUAGUGGAUGGCACUCAAAUCAACCGCAACAACAACUUCCAGACAUUCCCUCAGGCUGUGCUGAUGUUAUUCCGAUGUGCCACUGGAGAGGCUUGGCAGGAGGUCAUGAUGGCUUCCAUGUAUGGGAAGAAGUGCGACCCCAAGUCUGAUUUCCUGCCAGGAGAGGAGUUCACCUGUGGGUCAAACUUUGCUGUCUUCUACCUCCUUAGCUUCUACUGUCUCUGUGCCUUCCUGAUCCUCAACCUGUUUGUAGCCGUCAUCAUGGACAACUUUGACUACCUGACUCGUGAUUGGUCUCUUCUUGGCCCCCACCAUCUGGAUGAGUUCAAGAAGAUCUGGGCUGAAUAUGACCCUGAAGCAAAGGGAAGAAUCAAACAUCUGGAUGUGGUGACGCUGCUGCGUAGCCUCCAGCCUCCGCUAGGUUUUGGAAAGUUCUGUCCUCAUCGAGCUGCCUGCAAGCGCUUGGUUGGCAUGAAUAUGCCUCUGAACAGUGAUGGCACCGUCACAUUCAACGCCACCCUGUUUGCUCUGGUCAGGACUGCGCUUAAGAUUAAAACAGAAGGUAACUUUGAGCAGGCCAACGAGGAGCUGAGAGCCAUCAUAAAGCAAAUCUGGAAACGUACCAGCAUGAAACUGCUGGACCAGGUUAUCCCUCCAAUAGGAGACGAUGAGGUUACUGUGGGGAAGUUUUACUCCACCUUCCUGCUCCAGGACCAUUUCCGUAAGUUCUUGAAGCGUCAGGAGGAGUACUAUGGCUACCGGCCCUCCAAGAAGAGCGCCACAGGCCCGGAGAUCCAGGCGGGCCUGAGGGGUUUAGAUGAAGAAGUCGCUCCAGAGAUGCACAGAGCUAUUUCAGGAGACCUGCAGAAUGAGGAAGAGAUGGAACGAGCGAUGGAGGAAUCUGGAGAGGAAGGCAUUUACCAGCGUUCACACGGUCUGUUUGGUAACCGGGUGGACUCUUUCUCCGAUGAGCCCGCAAACGCUCAGUCCCAACAGAUGACCAACCAGCGGCCUCUCAUGUUCUCUGAGAGUCAGCCCGAGUCUCCACCCAACUCCUCUGCCCUAACACCAACUACUGAAUUCUUCCCCUCAACAGCACCCAAAAACAACACAAACAACAACGCCUUUGCAGAAUUUUCAUUUGACAGAGAGGGCAGUCCUUCAGAGUUUUACAAUCCUAAUGUGGAUGAAGAGCCGGAAAACCUGCGCUCCUGGAACUUCACAGUGAAAACAGACAAAACACAGUUCCCCUAUGACCCAAACUACGGUGAAGGACAGAGUCGGAGCUCCCGUACUGCGGCUGAUCAGCUCGUCCAGGAGGCUCUAGUGAAGGGGGGUCUGUCCUCCCUGGCAGAAGAUCCAGGCUUUGCCUCAGUAGCUAAGAAUGAGAUGGCCGAAGCCAUGCACACAUCUCUACACGACAUGGAGAGUGUAGCACUGGGCAUCCUCGCUUAUGUCAAGAAGAGACGUCCGAUCCCUGUCCCUCCUUCUGCUCCUGCUGUGGCAGCAAAGGCGACAGGCGAGCCAGAUCCGGCUGUGAGGAGAAAGAGACGUCCCAUCCCCAGGAUUCCAGCCGUACACGAGGACGACACCAGAGUUUAGAGGCUGGCUUGAGUUUACGUGGUUAUUUUGUUUUUAAACACUAGCAGGUGGCUCCACCUCACUUUACCUAGCCUGUUGCCUGUGACAAUCUUUAUCUCCCAGCCUGGCACUUUAAGGCGGGUUGGUUCAGGUUGAGUGUACUGUAACUUGUGGUGGAAAAGAGGAGAAACAAUUAAUUUGAUGGUGAAACAUCCUAUUCUACUAGACUUAUCCAAACUAAAUCACUAACUUAUCUCAGAGCGGACAUAAUGAUGCACUUCUUUCUUUGUAGCGUUUCUGGGGGUUAUUCAUUCCAUGAGACUUCUGGGAAAACAAUGUGAGUGAGCUAAGUGUCUUACUGAAGCCUCACUGAGGGAGGUGACUUAAUCGACCUACUGAAUAAGGGAGCAAGGUUGCUUUAUUGUGCAGCUAGGUUUGGAUAAUAGUGCAGGAGUAUGUGUGCAUCCAGACCUCAAAAGGUUAAACUGAGCGUUCAGUUCACACUUUAAAAAAAAAAAAGGUCUGAUGACACUUUACAUGAUGCAAGGUUCAGCAUUUUGUUUUGAAAGGCAGUGUCCUCUGAUCUUUCAGGACAUGAAGGUCUUUUUAGUAUUUUAUUAUUGAGGUUUACCAAGUUUUCUCCUGCUCUCCACUGUUCCUGGGUUCAGCUGGCAUCGGCAGAAUUUUAAGAGAACAUUUUUUUUAAGUGACUUUAAUACAAAUUAUUUGCCUGUAUUUGUUGAAAGACGUACAGUAGUUGAGCAGCGCAUGUGACUUUCUUCAAGGCCUCUUUAAGUCUCUACAGCCGUUACGUUUUUAGUUUUCAUGUCACUUUUUAGACACACAGCCGACCAGAGUGGAUUUUAAAUCUUCAGCAUACCUGGAGUAUGAUGGAUUUUACUUAAUAGCUCACCUGGACUUUUAACAUUUAUUUCUAAUUGCUGGCCACAAUUUAUUUCACUUUUUUUUCCAUGUUUUGGAUGGCCUUCAGGAGGUCUUGUUUUUACAAUACAUUUUGGUCCACCCUUUCAUACAAAUAAAUGUUACAGGGGUUUGGAGAUGGUUUGAAUGAACUUCAAAGCUUGACCUCACUUCUGGAUCUGGCUGAUGUCACGCUGAUGUUUUCAACAUGGCAAAAGAAAUAAAUUAU